UAUCGAAAAUGGAUGACCUCACUGUGCUCCAAUGGGAGAUGAAGUGUUUCCGAAAGGCGGAUAGAGAACCUCGAUCACUGCGUCAGUGCGUUUUCGAUCACUCACCUGAACAGGAGGACCCGACGCAGCGCAGCGCAGCAGCGGGGCCUGUGUCACCAUGUCCGUGAGUGAGACUGAAGGAAAGAACCCAAAAAUGGACCAUGCAGAAGCUUUAGAGCUCACAUGCCCCAUCUGCUUGCAGCUCUUCUCUGAGCCAGCUUCUCUUCCCUGUGGUCACAUCUAUUGCCUUGCCUGCCUUCAGACCAUGGGAGAAGGCCUUGACCAACACAGCUGCCCUGAGUGCCAGGCAGAGUACCAGGGAACCAACGCCUUGGUGAAAAGCCUCGAAAUGAGCAGCAUCAUAGAGACCUACAAAGCCAAUGCUGGGAAAGUCAACUCCACUGGGGACCCUUCUGAUGGGGACCUUUCAAAGAUCAAAAGGGUCGAUUACUCUGCUACAGACGAAUCAAACGCAAAAAGCCACCAGGCCACAGAACCGCCCGGAGCGAGUCGGGCGGUGUGUGAGGGAAAGCGCGGCUUCCAAACCGGGUCUGGAUCCACGGAGCGCUCCUUUUCGUUGGGUCAACAACAAGGCGGUGGCAAGGGCAAGAGUGAAAUGGACCAACCUAAAUUUCAAAUGGCUUCUCAGGUCACAGAGUUGGGCCUCAAGUUGGAGAUGUCCGAGAGUGUGCUCAGGAAGGAGAAGCAACGCGAGCUGGAGGUGACCACUGCCAACGGCCAGCUGAGAGAGAAUGCGCGCCGGCUUUUAGGGCAGUUAGCGGAGCUGUCGCGGAGCUACAGCGCGCAGGUGAUGCAGCUUAUUGAAGAAGAGCUGGGUCCGGGCGAGGCGAGCGUAGGCGGUCGUGUCGGUCAAGCCGCCGACCUGACGAAGCAGCUGAGACAAGCGAUGCUCAGGGCAGAGUCCCUCCUGACUGAGGACGACGAGGCUGCGUUUCGCGACGAGCUUCAGACUUUGCGGCCGCUCGUGGCGGAUCUGAUGGCGAGGCCCGUGGGGGAAGAGGACGACCACGUGGCAUCCAAGCUCAACUCUGCACGCGCCUGUCCCAAGCUGGAGGAAAUGAGCGCCGCGUUUCGGGAAAGAUCUGGAGAGAUCCAGCGCUCCCUUCGAAACACCCUCAACCCUUCGGAGGUGACCUUUGACCCAGACACAGCCCACCCCAAUCUGGUCCUCUCGAGGGACUUGAAGACGGUGACUUUCAGCGCCGCCAAACAGCCCUACCCAUCGUCGCCCCAGAGGUUCACCAACUUCUACCAGGUCCUCAGCAGCCAGAGCUUCCAUGAAGGCGAUCAUUGCUGGGAGGUGGAGCUCGAUGGCUCCCCGUGGAUCGUUGGUUUGUGCUACAGCGGGAAGCUAGCGCGCAGCGGGUUGCCCUCGGCUCUGGAAAGCAGCCGAUGCUCCUGGUGUCUGAUGUGGUUCAACAACUUGCUGACGGCCUUUGAGCAGGGUCACGAUGUGCCGCUGAAGAAGACCACAGUGUCGCGCAGGCUGGAGAUCAGACUGAGUUUCAAGACCCACAGGCUGAGCUUCUACAACGUGAGCCCCAGCAGCGGGAAGACUCACGUGUACACGUUUAAGGCUAACCUGACUGAACCAGUGCACCUGGCCUACAGGAUGAUGUCAGGGACCCCUCAAGGCCGUGUCACUAUUUAUUCAUAAUCAAAACUGUUUUUCUAUCAACUAUGUAUCCUUAACGAAUAGGAUGCAGAAACAGAAAAUGAAUCAUACUUUUGAGACCUGGUAUGAUAACUUAGUCUUUUGUUGUCUCUUGAUACCUGACCACCCACAACACUUUUGCCUCUUACGUUUGAGGCUUGUGGGAUUACUGAUGAUCGCUUCUAAAAUCUACAUAGGGAUAAUAAACAUGCCAAAAAGUGCCAGAUAUUGUGUCUUAGGUUUUUUAUUUCCAUUUGAUAAACUCCUUACACUUCAAAAACAUUGGUGUUAUAAAUAACAUUAAUUGGGGCUUUGUGAUAUCCCUGUGUUACACUGAGUGACAUAAACGAAACCAUGAUUCAAAGCAGCUUGAAUUAAGACAUUGUUAAUUUAAUUAUUUGCACCUGCACCUUUCCUGUUGUGGAGGGUCAAAAUGUCCUCUGUAAAAAAGUGGUAUUCUAUUCCAAGCUUCAUCAUGUGUUCAUCAUAUUGAUAUUAUUACAUCUUAAGCAAAUGACAAUCUCUUCUAAUGUGUAUAAUACUUGUCUUGGCUUAAAUACAUAUAAAAAAGAAAACCUAAAUGCCUCACCC